AGCUUUAGUGCUGGAGCUCUGGUGAUCACGUUUUCAUGCAAAAAAAGAACAUCCUUAGCCACGCGUUUUGCCCAAGAGACAUUUGGAAAACAGUACAAACAAACCAUAGGACUGGACUUCUUCUUGAAAAGGAUAAUAUUGCCAGGAAAUUUGAAUGUUACUCUUCAAGUAUGGGAUGUAGGGGGGCAAACAAUAGGAGGCAAAAUGCUGGAUAAAUAUAUUUAUGGAGCUCAGGGUAUUCUCUUGGUUUAUGAUAUUACCAACGGCCAGAGCUUUGAAAAUUUAGAAGACUGGUAUAAUGUGGUAAAAAAAGUGAAUGAAGAAUCAGAAACACAGCCACUUGUGGCCUUGGUUGGAAAUAAGAUUGACUUGGAGCAUAUGCGCACAGUGAAAGUUGACAAGCACCAACGAUUUUGUCAGGAAAACAAUUUCAGUAGCCAUUUUGUGUCGGCCAAGACAGGAGAUUCUGUCUUCCUGUGUUUUCAGAGAAUUGCUGCUGACAUACUUGGCAUCAAAUUAAACAAAGCAGAAUUGGAACAAUCACAGAGGGUGGUGAAGGCAGAUAUUGUCAACUACAGUCAGGAGCCUGUGACAAGAACCAUUAAUCCCCCUAGAAGCUCAAUGUGUGCAGUUCAAUGACCAUGCUAUUCUCCUCUGUUUUGAUACCUUUGGCGGUCCUCCUACCUUGACACAGCCUCUGGGAUUACCAGGAACUUUGUUUUAACAGUGACCAUCGCAACAAUGCAAUUAGAGGUUUCAAAAACAUGUUGCACCGUUGUGCGUUGAGAAGCAGCAGGCAGUUUUUUGACUGGCCGAAAUUCAAACAUGAGACCACACACUUUGAAAAAUUAAGAUCUGUAUUCUUUUAAAUUAUAUUUAAAUAAAGGAGUAUAACUGUGUUUAUAUGUUUCCUCCUAUCUAUUUGACUGAUACCAGAAUAAACAUGGAUGAAGAAGUCCUGCAUUUAAAAUACUUUU